CCCCGGCGACGCCGCACAAGAGGAUGAAGAAGCGCAAGGAGCUGAACGCGCUUAUCGGCCUGGCCGGCGACGGGCGGCGCCCCAAGGCGCCCAACAAGGGCUCGGGACAUCGUCUGCUGCGCACCGAGCCACCCGCCUCCGACUCGCGCUCACGCUCCGACUCCAGCUCCGACGGCGACGACGGCUUCGGGCCCGCGGCCGCCCGCUUCCGCCUCGCCAAGGGAGAAUACCUACGAUGCUGCAAGUUCUGUUAUCCACUAUGUGCUUUUGUCAUUCUGGCUGCUUGUGUGGUAGCUUGCGUUGGCUUAGUGUGGAUGCAGGUUGCCCUUAAGGAAGAUCUGGAUGCUCUAAAGGAAAAGUUUCGAACUAUGGAGUCUAAUCAAAAAUCAUCAUUCCAAGAGAUUCCUAAAUUAAAUGAAGAUCUGCUUGAUAAGCAAAAGCAGCUAGAACAAAUCGAGACUGGAGACAUGGGGCUAAACAAGAUUUGGACAAAUAUUACCGAAAUCAAUAAACAGAUCUUGUUGUUGACUUCAGCAGUAAAUCACCUCAAAGCCAAUAUCAAGUCUGCUGCUGAUUUGAUUAACCUUCCUGUCACAGUAGAAGAACUUCAGAAGAGCGUAGCUACCAUAGGUAGCACCUUAACCAGCGUUCAUCAUGAUGUUGAGACUAUGCAGGCUGCAGUUGAAGAACACAGGAAAAACAUAGAAACACUCCAAAACAAUAUGAAUAAAUACACAAAAGAGAAUGGAGAAAAACAACAGAAGUCUUCACUUUCUUCCACUGUCACACCAAGAAUAAACGAUAGAAAUCAGACUGGGAAGUGCAAGCAGGAUAACCAAUACCUGCAUACCACUUUAGAGGAGAUAAAUACCACCCUAGUGGUGUACCAGAAGCAGAACGACCUAAAGUUUCUUAAUGUGGAUUCAGCAAUCAGUAAUCUAACUCAAAGGGUUGCGUUGUUAGAAAACUACCUGGAUGCUGCAAAUAAACUGGAAAAGAGAGAGAAUUCAUCCAUCAGUUCGGUGGAUGAUGCAGCUACCUUUCCUAAAGUAGAAAAUGAAGUUCAGUCAGCAAAUGGAACGGAUUCAGAUAAAGCACAGAAUGCAAAGGAAACAGAAACUCAGGUUUCGAUACCUGAAAAUCUGAGAGAGAAGCUUCAGCUGAUCAACGCUCUAACAAGCAAACCAGAAAGCGAGAAGCCUCUUGGGGCAUCAGUGAAUGUGGGAAAAGCUCAGACUCCAUCAGAUCCUACAGAUCCUCCCAGACUUUCAUCGAGAUCAGUUGGUGGCAACAUGGAAGAAAAUGGACAGGCAAGGCUCUUAUCAUUACCAGGAAUUUCCAGCAUAAAAGAUCUUCUGGAUUCGUUUAAAAAGCUGGAUCGCGACUCGGAUGGAAAGCUAACCUAUGAUGAUCUUCAAAGUCUGGUUGGCUCUGCAAUACAAGAGUUGCAGAGCUUUAAGGAAUUUGAUACAGAUGGGGAUGAAAAAUACUCAUUACCAGAACUGAGAUUAGCUUUAGGUGUAUAGCCUACAUAUAUUUAAAAAUGCAGUAUUGGUGGACUUGCUGUAGCUUUUGAAAACGGAUAAGCAAAAGCUACAUCUGCACUUUUCUCGGUGUUCUACUAAUCUUUGGCGCUAACUUAGUGUACACAUUGCCACCUUUUUAAUUUGCAAUCUUUUAAGGUAUUUAAAAACUUGAAAAAGGUUAUCUAUGGCAUAAUGGCUGGUAGGGACUUCCUUAAAAAAUCCAGAAAGAUCCCAAACUACACUAGGAACUGCUGCCUGACUUCAUCUUUCCCUUCUUUAAAAGGGAGUUUUUGUCUUUAAAUUAGAACUUGUGUACAGAUAGACAAACCCAUGUUUUAUAUUUCACAUAAAUUUGCCUUAAAUGAGAGAGCUGCAUUUUAUAUGGAGCGGGAAGAAAUCUGUCUUAAAGAUGGGCUUUUUCUGCUUGUAAAUAUUUGAAAUGGAAUAAAUUAUGCAUAUUUUAGGGGAA